GGAUUCUGAACGUAAGAGCCGAUGGGUUGUCGAGACUUCUCGAGCGGCGAUGCGGUACUCUAUCUCCGACAUGCUCGUUGGGGAAGGUCUUGCAGGAUCAUCUAGACUCUCCGAAGGCCUCAGCGGGCAUAGUCGAUGACCUAAUCUGCCGGCUGGGGGAUCUACCACCAACGAUUGAUGGAAAAAUCGUUCACGAUCGUCUGUGCCGUAUAUCG